AUGCCUCCUCCGGGCACUUUUUUCCGACCCUUUCUACGGCGGGCGACGCAGCGCGCAAACGUCAUGGGCACAACUCAAGUCGCAGUCGCCGCCGCCGUGGCUGGCAUUGGCGCGUAUGCUUGGUACCUGCGCAGCAACAACACCAAAUCGGAGAAACCCAUCUUCAGCAGCUUCGGCUUCCAUAGCCUGCGCCUCGACAGCACCGAGCUGAUCAACCACAACACCAAGAAGCUGCGCUUUGCGCUGCCCGACGCCAGCAAACCCAGCGGCCUUGGCCUCACCUCCGCCGUGCUGACCGUGGCAUUCCCCAACGGCCGCUGGUUCCCCGUCAUCCGGCCGUACACACCGACCAACGACCUCAACGAACCCGGCUACAUCGAACUCCUCAUCAAGCUCUACCCGCACGGCAAACAAAGCACGCACCUACACUCCCUCCAGCCCGGCGACACGCUCACCAUGGCGCCCAUCAAAGAACUGGCCUGGACUCCCAACCAACACUCCCACGUCGCCCUGAUCGCCGGCGGCGCGGGCAUCACGCCCAUGUACCAGCUGGCGCGGGGCAUCCUGCACAACCCCUCCGACCGCACGCGCGUGACGCUGGUGUGGGGGGUGAACAGGGACGAGGACGUGUUCCUGGGGGAGGAGUUCGCGGAGAUGGAGAGGAAGUUUCCGGGCCGGUUUAGGGCCGUGUACGUGGUGGCGGAGCCGGAGGUGGGCUCGUCGCAUCGGAAGGGGUUCGUCACGAGGGAGGUGCUGGAGGGGGUGGGGUUGGGGGCGCGGGAGGACGGGAAUAAGGAUGUGAAGGUGUUGGUUUGUGGGCCGCCGGCGAUGGAGAAGGCGUUGAAGAGGAAGGGGAGCGGGGUGUUGGCUGAGUUGGGGUAUCGGCCGGAUCAGGUUUAUAGUUUUUAG